AUGCAGCUCAAGACCCUCCUCCCCGUCCUCGCCGCGGCCACGCCGAUUGCGGCCCUCGGCAAGGCCACCGUCGUGAACAACUGCGCGGCCGAGGUCUCGGUCUGGUCCGUGGGCAGCGACGUGCUCGCCGCGGGCCCACUCGCGGCCGGGGGCGGCACCUACGCCGAGACCUUUGCCCGGGACCCGGCCACGGGUGGCCGCGCGCUCAAGGUGACGAGCGCGCGCGACGGCCUGUACACGGGCGCGCCGCAGCUCGUCUUCGCGUACACCCUGGACGCUGGCGGCGGCGCCGUGUGGUACGACCUGAGUACCGUCUUCGGGGACGGCUUCAAGGGGAGCAAGGUCGUCGUCGCGAGCCGGCAGACGACCUGCCCGGCCAUUGUGUGGGAGGGCGGCGUGAGCCCCGGCGGCAGCCAGGUCAAAGUGUGCACGGCGGAGCAGGAUGUUGUACUGACGCUUUGUGCUUGA